UGAAAAAUAUAAAAUGUGCGAGCAGGCUCAUAACGGUCACUCUGACAUCUGUCAUCUUUCCUGUGAACAUAGUCCAUCUUCCUUCUUCUCCAGGUUUACCAUCCACCUCCUCAUCAUGGCCCUGUGGAUUCAGUGUCUCCCUCUUGCAGUCCUUCUCAGCCUAUUUACUCCCAACGCUCAAGCCUUUCCCAAUCAAUUCCUUUGUGGGUCUCACCUUGUGGAAGCCCUAUAUAUGGUGUGUGGAGAUAGAGGUUUCUUCUACUCCCCCAGAAGUAGAAGGGAUCUGGAACAGCCCUUAGUAAAUGGCCUCCAGGGCAGCGAGCUGGACGAAAUGCAGGUCCAAUCACAGGGGUUCCAGAAGAGGAAGCCAGGCAUUGUGGAACAGUGCUGUCACAACACAUGCUCUUUGUAUGAUAUGGAGAGUUACUGCGCCUAAGAAGCAACUACGUGAUGGCUACCAAGGACACUUACAUAUAUAACAUCUUCUGUACAAAAGUAUGAAAAAAAAUAUCUAGGCACUUGACCCUUUUUAAGUAAAACUUUAUCUGUUUUUAUGACUAUAUAUAUUUAUUUCAUGCACAAUAACACCUGCAUGGGAUAGGUAUAUAUAUAUAUUAUACACACACAGUAUAGUUACCUCCUAUAUGCCCGAAAUGGCAUUUUGUCUACUGAAUUUAUUUUGUGUUGUUGCUUGCUGAACUCUACAUCAAAUUAGGUGCUAUGGUUUUUUUAAGUAGCAGCAGAUGCAGGCUUUUUUAACAAGGCCAAGUUCAAUGUCCCGGAGCAGUAUCUCGUGCCAACCAAUCAACAAUCAUCUUCUUAUUUUUUAUUUUGAUAAAACAAGAAAGGUGAUCGGUUGUCGAUGGAUUACUACACAGUUUUUGGUUGCUUUUUGUGCUGUAUUAUUAAACAAGCCCUGCCUUAGUUACUAUGCAAUGACUGUAUAUAGACAUGAGUGGAAUACUGAAGGAUAGGUGGGCAAGACUUUUUUUUUUGUAGAGUGGGUUCAUAUAAGGGUAUCAUGUUUCCUGAGAAAGGGGAACAGGGUGACAGUGAACGAGCACAUAGAAUGAAUACAGUGGUGAGAACUAUUAUGUGUGCCCAGUGCUUUCCUGACACUGAAUGGGGUGAAUUGCCCUACAAAGCCUCUUUUCAUAAUGUAAGUGUCCUGUACCUAUCCAUCCUCUCUCUCUGCCUGAAUACAAAUAAAUGGAAGAGAUAAAGCA